AUGAACCGCAUGAACUCCUCUUUGCACCACACGUUUCCUGACAGCAGGAAGAAUGCGAGUGUUCCAGGACUUUCUAAGCAAUACGACACAUCUGAGGAGACAGAAACACUUAUUAACUAUGGCUUGGAUGUUCCUUACGACGACGAUGAGACGAUCAGGCUUCAAUUGGAUGAGAACUCGCCAUUUUUUGCUACCAGAGUCGAGAAGGAGCUCAACCCAAAAAAGUUGCUCCCAUACAAGACGGAGAGCAUUAGAGAUCAGUAUCAGUACUUGAGUCACAUUGUGAAACAUUUGUAUAUUGCUAUUGAGAGCGAAGAUCUCAAAGGAAAUCUUAGCAUUAGUGUGUCCGAUUUUGAGAAAGCAAAAUCUGUGAUACUCAGUCACAGCACCAACGUUGAAUCAACGGAACACGAAGAAGACUGUUAUGAGACUUUGAACCAAACGGAAAGCGAGCGCGAAGAUGCAGAGAGCGAUGAAGACGAAUUGUACGAGGACUAUGACGAAAGCUAUCCCUCGGACGCGGAAGGUGAGCAAUUUGCAUCUACCCCGGUGCCGAAUGUGCACGUCAAAUCUGCGGCCAUAAUCAGUCUUAAGCACUGGACUAAAGAGCUGAAGAAUCUACUGAGAAUGGGUCUGGUAAUUCCUGCAACGCUGAACAUUGCCCUGGUCAAGGUUUUCUACGCCGUGAUUCUCUCUCGUGGACAAGAGAUCAACAUACCGUUUUACGUGAAUGUUGUUUUUCUCUUAUUGAAAGAGAAGGACAUUUUGUACGAAAAGGGUCUCCGCCUGGAUUGGAAACCGCUAUAUGAAGAACUCAACAGCAUCAUGCCUGAUGCAAGUGGCUCGUCUCAUUUCAGUGACGACCGCAGGUUUGGUCACCUGGUCAAGUUUGCCGGUAAGAUCAACACUUUCUUCGACGAGGAUAGUGUCCCUCAGAUUAUGGAGAAGAUCAUGUCGAGGUACAAUAACCAGUCAGUCUCCAUUUCGUUUGUUCAAAUGGCUGUGCUGGUGCCAAUUGUGCUUAAGAAGCCCGUUCUCAAAGAGGAGCGUGUCUUCUACGACCAUAGGGAUAUAAGACAUUACUUGCCAUUCUUCUUCUCGUGUUGGACAUCUCAACGCCUCACUCCAGAAAUUACCUCUCUGUUAAAUGUCAUCGCCAAUAUAUCCGAUAAGGUGCUAAAGGUUCUAUCCAGCGACCCCAGCCUAGUCAUCAUGGGCAAGUACGGUGUCUUCACCGAGGAACAAUUCAAGUUCAUCAUGAAUCAGUUGUUAUUAACUUCCAGGUCAUUCAGGAAAGAUGAGAGAAAUUCACAGUACAUCAAACUCUUAAUUGAAAUGAUUAUCAAUUCCAUGACCUCUAAACAUGCGCUUGAGAAGGACGGCAUCAUGGACUUGCUCAAAACAUUCUGGGGAGCUUUGCAUACCUUGGUGCAUCCUUCCAAUUCGGGUGGGUGGUCCGUUCUUUUAUCCCAGGCUGUCAAGAGAAUGGUCGUUGUGUACCACAUUCGACUGCUCGAGGAAAACGAAGACAAGUCGUUUCGUUACUCAUACUUGGACGACUACUCUAAGCUUCCAGAAGACAUCAAACUCUCGCCUCAAAUCACGGAGCAAUUUAUUGACAUGCUCUUGCCGCUGAUACACUUUGGAGUCCAAUCUAAGUCUCUUUCGCAGAGAAAGAGGUAUAUUACUGCUUUGGAAAUACUAGCCUUCAUCAAUCCAAAGAAGAUUCUGGACGAUGUGUUAUUGGACAUUUAUAAUUCUUUUGAAUCUGUCAACUCUACCCACAGAAUCAAUGUGGUUCUUCACGAGCUGACAGUUUUAGUGAGGUAUAUGGCUCAACUACCCGUUUACCGUGUCCACAUCCCCAGACUUCUCUCGAUGCUUGUUCCCGGUAUCGACUCCAAUGAUCCUGAAAAAACGAUUCUCACGUUGGAGUUCAUUAAGUCCGUUGCUGCUGUUGUGCCUAUUUCAGAUUUGAGUCAGGGUCAAGGCGACGGAGGCCUUGUGGCAUUGGACUUCACAACGCAACACCUGGCACACUUGGAGGCAAAGUAUUAUGAAGGUGCUCCGCGCCAGUUAUAUUACGGUGAAGAAAUUCCUGACCAGUUCGUGUUUGAUCCUGACAUUGAGCUAGAAGCUCUCAAGUCGAGCUCAUCCUCCUUUGGAGACUUUAUCAAAGAGUUUGCUGAGAAAUGCUAUAAAUAUUUGGAACUAUCGCCCAGUCUCGAGGAUGAUGGACAAGUGGAAACGCGGGCUAGUGUUUAUAUCUCACAGACUUUUGACUCAUUGGUCGAGUCACUAUCUGACGAGAUGUACAAUAUCCUAGCCGACUCUUUUUACCGAUAUAUCAGCAACAAUGUGCAACAUUCGGUCGCCAUCGUUUUCUUCAACAUCAUUGAACUCAUCAUCAGAAGAGACCCAGCAAAUCAAUUCCCUAGAUUCUACCAGUACUUGGUGGAGCAGGUGAAUGAGGAAAUUGACCAUGGUGCGGGUGCCACACGCACACAGGAAAUCCUCGCCAAGGACGCUCGGCUCACAUGGUAUCUUAAGCUCCUUUCUGGCUCUCUUCUUGGGGCCGGCGAGCUCGACGAACAAACAUUCAGCGAGAUGAGGGAUCUGAUCUCCAACAGACUCAUCAAACUGAGAGGUGAGGCCGCAUUUGCUGCCACUACCAUUCCUGAAUCAAUCCUCGCAGGCACUACAUUGACAAGACUUUUGGAACGCAGGCUGAUUCCUCAGUCCUGGAUCGACAAGAACGGACCUGUGGAUGAACGCUGCUGGGGAGGGUUCCAAUUUGAGAAAUCUAGAUUCGACUCGGAUCACUUGGACUUUUCCUGGUAUGUUCCUUCGGCGAAGAGCAUAGAGCAAGCUGUUGAGUUUUUUGAUUUCACGACUUCGUUGGCUGUGACUGAGAUCGAUGAGUUUGUCCAAGCUUUCGAUGCAGAUGAGAAGAUCUCACUUACAAUGUCUGACAGAAUAGAAUUCAACGUCAACUUGUUAGAAAGCUGUUUGGCUGGUAUAUGCACUUUGUUCGAUCCAAACUUUAGUACGGACUCUUUCAGUGCCAACAAGCUUAUGUUCAAUAGUCUUUCAUCCACUGCUAUUUCAUCCUCCGCCUCAUUGGUAUCGUUGUCUAACGAGAAAGUUGACGUCGAGAUGGAGAAUUCUCCCGAACCAAUAGAAUUAGGCAGGGAUGUCACUGGUGAUCUGAUGAAAGAGACUUUGGAGGGUGACAUGGACCACGAGUCACAUGAAGAAGCUAUGGAGGAUACAGACGGCGAGUACCGCUUGAGAUCAGAGGUGGAGUCUAAUAGUCCUCCAACAGAGUCAGAGUCUCCAAGCGGACUUGUUACGCCUGCUGCUGUGCCUGAUCCUGAAUGUCUGGCUGGCUAUCUCACCGAGAGACCUCCGGUGCUCUACAGUUUUGGAUACCACUACGAAGGACGCGACCAGCUCACAAAUCACUGUGAUCCGACGUACAUGAAGCUGCAUCGUGCUCGUGAGAGAAUCGGUAAAAGCUUGCAUGGACUGGUCAAGUGCCUAAUGCUACAAGACGGUGCCGUUGAGCUUUGUCAACAGGUUGUCCAUUGUAUUAAGUGCUGGUUAGAAAGCUGCGGUACUUUUGGAUCAAAGAACCCCCUUUUCAUUGACCAUAUCCAUUUAGUGGACCUCUUGAACAUCCCGCAUGUGAACUCGCCGUACACGAGAACGGUCAUUGGUGCCCGAUUGGCUAUUUAUCAUUGCAACAGACUGUCGAUCUCGCGCUCUUCGAGGCUUCCAGGGGAUACGGACAAGAUGUUGAUCAAAGAUCUUGUUUCCUUAGCUGCUAGCAGGUACAAUGAAACUGCACAGAAUGCUACGAUGGUCCUAGGUUCCGCCCUCAACAAGAUUCUGAACUGUACAAAUCUGGUCUAUGGUAUUUUCAAAGAGUGGGAAGUGGCAUUGCUCAAUGAAGAUAGAGAGAGGCUCAAGAAUGCGAUGAGGUUCUUUCUGGUUAAGAAAUUCAAAGGUUUUGCAGAAAGAAGCCUUCACAAUUUCGGAAAGUAUGAAGACCUUUUGGCACGUUCGUUAGAAGUCAACGAUUCAGAGGUGAACUCGUUGGCGAUGAAGCUAUAUGGUUCCAUGAAAGACCAUAUUUUGGUGCCAAGUGUUGUUUGCAUGAUCGAUCAUAGCUUGGUUGACUUCAUCAAGCCAGCCUCGCCAACAGUUUCGCUUCAGGUGAAAGCUUUAAGAUGUGCCAAAGAUCGCAAGAGACAUCUGAUUAUGGACCGUCUUAGGCGUUUAGAGCUUUCCGUACUGAAACGCUCUCAAGCGGAGCUCCACUGGAAAUUUAGACUCAAAGUUCUAGAGCUGUUAGCCGACGUGCAGUCGAACCUUGAAAUACCUUUGAACAGGGAAAUUCUUGUUCUUCUUGGCAAAUCGAUCAACGGAGUUCAUCCAGAAAUCACCGAAGACUGCAUUCUUUGGCUAUCUUCUAUUCUGGAUGCAACACGGACACGGGCUACGAUCAACUAUGAUUUGAAAGGGUUUUUCUCUCCCUCAUUCCGUUUGGCCAACGUGUGCGCAAUUUCCGAUAUCAUUGGCAUGGACCAACCACAGGAAUUUUUCAAGGAAAUGUCAAAUUUUGAGCAUCCGAGGUUCUUCAUAGAUAACAAGCUAUGGAUAUCUACUUUGUGCUGGAACAAUGAGAUGGAAGUUGUCAAAAAUGAGUCAGUCGAAUCGCUAAACCUCAAUUCACAAGACUCUGAGACAAUCCAGGCCUUUGGCCAGCUGGUCACCAAACAAUGGAUCCUGGAAAUUCUCAAGUUGCACAUGGAUGAAGGAGAAGCAAAUGCAGAGUUCCAGCCCGACCUAGUCUAUUUCCUCUACUUGAUUAUCCUCAUAUCCUCAUAUGGCUACACCCCCAACAUGAAGUACUCUGAGUGGCUUGAUAUUUGUAAUGAGAUCUACAACAAGGAGGAGAAACAAUCUCAUGUGGCACUAAGUGAAGUUUACUGCGCUCUGCUGCUAGCCAACAAGUACAAUUCCAAACACCUAGAGGAAACUGAUGAGGCAAUUUCUGCAAAACUGGCGGAGGUCUUCAAGACCGGCAUCACCCAAUCCACGCACAAAAUCUGGAAAGUAUUUUGCUGGUGGCUACCUGCUCAUUUUGAUUGCCGGCGAGCUCCUAAGGUUGUGUCUGUCAUAUGCGACUUUGAGGUUCCUCUAUCGGGUGACACAUCCCCCUUCAAUCUUUCGUCCAGAAUAGGAUUCCUCAAAUCAUACAUGUCUUCUGCAUUGAACCGCUACCACGACUUUGAUGGAGUCACUCGGAGAUUUUUUGCCUCGCUAUCACAUCCAUAUCAGAUCGUUUCUGAAAGAUCUGCUGCUAUCCUAUUUGAUACGUUGUCAUACACUUCCAUCAAGUCGUUCAACAAUAAAGAGAAACUGCUCGAAGCCUGUUUCGAAAACCCAAAUGGAAUGGGUCUCUUACCCUUUGAGAUGCCUGCUGUGUUUGCUGAGUGUCUAACUUCCUAUCUCGAAAGAGUGAAACAACUAAGCACCACGAUCAGAGGUCUUUCUACUCAGGAGAUUGUGGACUCAGAGUACAUGUUUCACGUUCGUGGGCUACAUACGCUGCUGCUGUAUGUUCUGAAAACUUCGUAUGGAGUGUUGCUUGUACCAUACCUCAAGGACUACAUCCUGCCUCAUCUUUUUGAGCUCGAUACUAUGAAAGAUGUAUGUCAAUUGGCUCCUCUGAAUACAAAUGUGAUGUUUUUCCUGAUUGCUUCUAUCCGUUACGACGAGGAGCAGACCAAGAUGUUCAUUGAUCUGAUUGUGAACAAUUUUGGAUUAGAGCAUCCAAAUAUGGUGCAAAAAGAGCACUUAUUGACAAUUGUUCAGAGCUACUACACAGUUCGGUACCUCACCAUUACCUCUGAACAAAGGGCUCUGCUAAUUGAGAAGGUUGUUUCGUUUUUGUACUCAAACCCUGUGUCUGUGAAGGAACAGGCUGCGGCUGUAUUUUCUGCCAUUGUGCACGGUUCGAUGAGUUUCGAGAUGCAACCAUUGAUUGAGAGCUACAUUUCCAAGUUUACAGAGAUUAUCAAUGCACACCGCCGUGUGAAGGGGAAGAAGCUGACUUUUGAUGAACUCAAUCUAGUCCAUGGGGCCACGCUAGGCUUGGGUGCAUUAUUGAACGCAUUCCCAUACACUUCGCCUCCUCCGAAAUGGCUGCCAAAUAUCCUCUGGUUGGUGGCAGGAAGAUGUUCUAGUUAUGAGGGUGUUAUAUCAAGAACCGCCAAGAGCAUUUUGUCAAAGUUCAAGAAGAACCGUCAGGACACUUGGCACAUCGAUUCGAAAUUCUUCACCGAUGACCAACUGGAGGAACUCGAGGGUGUCUCGGGGAAAUCGUAUUAUUUAUAG